AUGAUGGCCACGGCCAAGAUGUCGCGAGAUACUUUCAAGAAGAAGCAGCGGCACAGGCACGAGUUUCGAGACGUCCGCGCGGCGGCUCUUGCCGCUCGCCUCGAUCGAGAGAAGACCGGCGGCGCGCCGAAGGGUGACGCGAGAGGGCGGGGGCUUCUCAAUACGUGGCGGCGCGCCGCCGAGACGAAGCACGACGGCCACGACCAAGAUUUCGCAGGAUACCUCGAGGGAGUGCACUGGCAGGGUGGUGAAGCGGCAGUCUACACGGUCGGCGCGGAGGUGCCGGUGUGGUACUUCGCGGUCGCGGACGUGGCCGUAUUGGCCGCCGCGAGCCCCGCGCUGCGCGCCUCCCGCUUCUCCUCGCGGCCGCCGUCGUGGACGUGGCCCCACGCGGCUGGCCUCGUCGGCGUCGGCCUGUGCUCCUUGCUGGGGCAGCAGCUGAGCGUCGGGUACCGCCACAUCCGCUCCGCGCUGGGCGCUCUGCUGAUCCAGACGGAGACGGCCCACGCAUUCGCGCUGCAGGCGCUGAUCUUCGGCCACGUCGGCCUGCAGAGCGUGCUGGGGGCGGUCCUCGUCUCGGAGGCCCCGAGAGCACGCGCACGCCCCGGGCGGGCCGCCGACGUCUCGGCCUGGGCCCCCCUCCGGCCCUCUGCGCCGCCUCGGGCGCCCUGGCCGCGCGGGAGCUCUUCGGAGGGGCCUCUGGCGAGGAGCUGGGCGUGCGGGCGCUCCCCGCCGGGGCCACCGCGGCUGCGCCGCAGAGGGUGCCGCGGUUCUCGUGCCUGGACGAGGCGGACGAGUUCAACGAGGACUGGACCUGACCUGCAGGGGGUGCGCAGCGCCUCGAGGGCCACCCCCGUGCUGAACCUGGCCACCCCGGGCGCCGUGCGCGCGGUGCCUCUUUUCGCGGAGGAG